CAGGUCGUAUUCAUUUAACAGAGACCAGCAUAGCUCAAGUGUACCGUUACAAGGAAGUUUUCACCAUGCCAGAGCAAAUGUUUAACUUAAAUGUAAAGAUUAAGCUAUUUUAAGGUAAACUUGGGAUUCAAAGUGGAACUAUUGUAUUUGUUUAUAUCAGUCUUGAUGAGAUACAUCAGUCUUACACUCUACUUGCAAGAAUAUAUUUUUUGUACAGAAGUUAAAUUUAUGACUGUCAACUGUACCUGCUUGGCUGUUAAUACCUACAAGUACAACUGCGAUCUUUUAUGAUGUGACUUCAGGUGAAAAUGUAUUUCACUUAAUUGUUUUAAAUCGGACACCUUGAACUUGUACAUGCUGCAAAAGAUAUGCAUUGUGUGUUUUGUUUAGGAGAUCGUUUUAAAAUACUUUAUUGCUUAUGCGGUUUGAUAUCAGUUUAAACAGAAGUAUGAUCGUGAUGACCUAUUUAAAUUACUGUUUUGAUAAAUAUGUACCGGUAUGGAUCUGUAAGGAAAUCUCUCGGUAUGUAAGUGUUACAAAAUACUUAAAGAGGAAGUAAAUGUGUGUAACUCAGUGGGAAUACAGUUUUUCUAUGGCUACUACUUGUUUCUAUGAAAGAGUAGAUCAGUUGUAAACCAGUGGUUUAUGUUCAAUUCAACUUUCCUUUUGAAAGGAAGAAAAAGGCAUCUGAAGAAUAGAGCAGGUGUUUAUAUUAAUUAUUAAGUGGAUGAAUAUCGACCAGGAGACAUAUAAUUAAAAGAUGACAAAGAAGCUCUCAUUUUCUGAGGCAUUUUGGGAUUCCGACAUCUGUGGAACAAUAGGAUGGGAUCGGAUAUGCAAGCGCAUGAAGGAUGGCCGUAAGGUGUGCACUGAUGUUGUCCACUACUUGAAGGACAGGGCAAAAGCAGAAUCGGAGUACAGCAGAGCUCUGGCAAAUUUGGCCCGAAAAACUGACUGCAAGGAUGAAACUGGGGGCCUGGGGGAGAGCUGGAGGGUCUUAAAGGACCAGACAGUCAGGAUUGCUGAAGUCCACAAUGAGGCGGCCACCAUGUUUGUCAACCUUGAACAAGAACUCACCAAGUUUAAUGAAGACCAGAAAAAGAGUAAACAAGUGAUUGAUGACAAUGUGAAGAAAUAUAUUUCCUUGAAAAGAACAGAACACCAAAAACUGAUGAAUAUGAAGAAGACGUACAACGACAAGUGCAAGGAAUAUAACAAUGCUGAAGAGCAGUUUAAUGCACAGAAGGCGGCAGUUACUACCAAAAAGAAUGACUUGGAAAAAGCAGAGAAGAAAAAAAUAAAAUGUGAUGAUGACAGAAAAAGUGCAGAUGUCUCCUACAAAAGUGCUGUGGAAACCCUUGAAAAUGUCCGAAUCAGAUGGGAAAACGAAAUGGAAGCAGGCUGCAAUCAAUUUGAAGCCCUAGAGGGAACGAGGAUAGACAAAUUACGGGACUGUCUGUGGAAAUGUACAAAUGUGGACUCGUUAGCAUGUCUGAAACAUGAUGAGUGUAGCGAAGCCGUUCGGUUAAUUCUGGAGAAGUGUGAUGUGUCCAAUGAUCUCCAGGAUUUCAUUUCUACCAACCAAAGUGGCAGCAAACGGCCAGAUCCUGUCCCCUAUGAGAACUACUACAACCCCAUGGCCCUGCCGCCCCACAAUCGCACGCCAAGCAAUGCCCCGCCUCUCCUGCCAGCGGCGAAACCCAUUCGGGCCGGGAUGCCACCGUCUCCAAACAACAAAAAAAUCUCUAUUUCCGAUGAAAACGAUUACGCCACUGUGUCUGAUGUCCAGCAAACAAGUAACGUAUUGUUGACAGUUGUGAAAGAUUACAGUGCUGUGACCUAUAAUGAAUUGACAGUGAAGAAAGGGGAGCUUUUACAGAAGGCACCAUUUGUUGUUGGACCGCAAGCACCCUCUGGGAUGGUGAAAGUGAAACAUCAGAACAGAGUGGGAUAUGUACCCACAAAUUGUGUUCAACAAUACACCCCUAAACCUUUAAUUGAUUUUGGUGAUAUUUAGCUUUAAAAAACUGAUAUGAUCACGUGAGGUUGGGCCUCUUUCUGAGGAAACUAGGCUUAAUGCAUGUGCAUAAAGUGUCAUAGCAGAUCAGGGAUGACACUUUCUGCCUAAACUGGAAUUUUGCUUGGAGGAGACUUCCUUAAAAGAACAAUACCAUAAAAGUGGAAAGUGUUAUCCCUGAUUAGCCAGUGUGAAUUGCCAAGGCCAAUAUGUGACAACACUGCACACAUCUAUUUAGCCCCAUUUUCCCAGCGCAAGGCUAAUAUUGGUCAUGCACAAUUUUGGCUACAGUUGCUUGUAAUGUUUGUGGAACUCCACGACAUUAAACUUGCUUUGAUUCAAUUGAUUGGUCAUGACAACUACACUGAAAAGACAAAUGUUUGCUUUGUUUCUGAAUCUUCAAUUGUACUGCAUUUUAAAUUGAGUCGCAUUCUGAGAAAACUGGGCAUAAUGCAUGUGUGUAAAGUGUCGUCCCAGAUUAGCUUGUGCAGUUUGCACAGGCUAAUCAGGGAUGACACUUUCCGCUUUUAUGGUAUUUUUAGUUAUCAAGGAAGUCCAUCCUUACAGAAAAUCAAGUUUAGGCGGAAAGUGUCGUCCCUGAUUAGCCUGUGCGGACUGUACAGGCUAAUCUGGGAUGACUCUUAACGCACAUGCAUUAAGCCUAGUUUUCUCAGAACAAGGCUCAAUUACAUGUUUGAAUACUGUUUUUGAAAAACCUGUGCAUGUUUCAGUGUGCUUCUUUUGUAACAAAUAAUUAGCAUAAAAACAAAAUAUAGAACACAACAAGCCAAAUUGUGUUUUUAACUUUUCAGUGAAUCUAUUUCUUAGAGUUUUUGCUUACUUAAUAAUAUUGUGUAGAAAAUAAACAAAUGUGAUAUAAUAUAUAUAUAUUGAUAGCUUCAAAUAUUCAGGGUAUGUUUGAAAGUGAUGUGUGUGUUUUUACUUGCAAUAUAUUAGGCAGAAAUAUUUCGUAUAUUUGGACAUUUUUGAUCCCUUAAGUUGAUAUACCCAUUGUAUUUAAUUAUAGAAUACAUUUGUUAUUUUUACAGUUUUUUAAAUUUUUAAUGAAAUCCCCAUUUCAUUUGUAUUUCUUACAAAUUUAUCUUUUAAAGGGACUUGAAAAAUGUAAGUAUGUGAAUUGUAAUAUUUGGAAUACCGUUAGUUUUGAAUAAUCAUAAUAAAAAAAGCAAAAUCUAAUGCACUGCCACUACAACAAGCAGACUUUCACAUUUGAAUGCACGAGUGUUAUUCACUAUUCAGAGCUCCAGAUAAGAGGCGUAUCUGCGUAUUUACGCAUUGAAAAAAAUAAAAAUCAAUAAAAAUCAGCGCAGUACGUAACAAAACACAAUACAAAUCUUGGUACGUAUUUUAAUACAUUAAAGUGCGAAACCGGUUUAACCAAUAAUCCAGUUGAGUUUUUAGUGUAAGUUAACCUUUGAAUCAAAAGUAAGUAAGCUUGUAAUACAAAUGGCAGCCCAUCAUGUUUGUGGAUCAAAAAAGGGACAUUUUAAGCGACCAGCGGCUCCUGCAAGAAUAUUUUUAAAGAAAGCCCAUUUACUUUGUCAGUUUUCUAUGGAAAUGGAAAAUACCUCUAUUAAAUCCUAAAUACCUUUAAUGGCUGAAACAUAGGAGUCAAAUACGCUUUAACAAUAAUAUCAGGGGUGAAAUACCCUUUAGACUAAAUCCUUAUCUGGAGCUCUGGUGUUAUUCAUUUUUUGUAAUAUAAUUAAUCCUUUUUUUGAACGUAUGACAGUUUAUGACAGUUGUCAGUUUGCUGAACUGUGAAAAGAGUCCUUUUAAAACUUAUUUAUUGUCCAUAUUUCAAGAUAUGAUCAUAAUAGUAGCAUGAUUAUCAAGUAUAUAUAAAGAUGAAGUGUAUCAUAUGUUAAAUCUCUUGUCUUAUGUUGCCAAUUUGUUUUAUAGUUAUGAUAUGUUAUUACUUGUUAAAGAAUGUGUAACAAAAAACAUCAAAUGAUGAUACACAUUAAACAUUUUAAUUUGAAAUAGUGCAAUUUUUUUAUGACAUUCAAUUUAUUUUGUGGAUUCAUAAGUGGGUUAUAUAAUUGGUAGCAUAAAAUGAUUCAUUUAUUGGGUUCGAUAAUUGGUUGCAUAAAAAUGGAACAUUUAUAUGUUUUUUAUAUGUUUUUCUGUAAGAUAAUUUCUAGCUUUGAUAGUGCAGCAAGCUUGAGCAAACAUUUAAUAGAUUAUAGUUUCUCAUUUGUAUUCUUUACAUGCAACAUGUAAUUGCUAAACAGAAGAUUCAACCGUGCACAAUAAUAAUUAUUGGUCAUAAUGCCUAGUUGUAAGCACAGUCUUCUCGGGGAAGACACUUUACCCUUAACUGGAUUUUAGCUAAAAGACUUCCUUAAAAUGAAAAAUGCCAUAAAAACAGAAAGUGUUAUCCUUGAUCAGCUAUCGCAGACCUAUUUUCCUGAGGGAGUCACAUUUAGAUUUGUUCCAACUAGGAGCAUGAAAUAAGUAUUUUACAGAAUGUUACAUGGUACAAUGUGUUAUUAAUUUGGCUUUGAAAUGAAAAUUUUCAGUCAUUCUCAAUGAACAGUGCAAGUAAACAUUUCAUAUCAAUCUCAUUGAACUGUGCAAUUAACAAAGUGUUCAAAUUCUGCAGUUCUUGUUAUAAGUCAUUUGAUGAAUAAUAACUCCUAUACAAUUCUUUAUUUUAGUUGCACUUAACUGUUUGACUCUAAAACAUUAUAUUGUACAUUAUAUUGUAACUGAUUAGUUUAGCCAUAUAUAAAUUUUGCUUAGCAAAGUUAAAAAAGAGCUUUCAGUGUUAUGAUGAUAUAUUACUAUAAAGAUAUGCUGUUUAAGAUGUUAUUGUAUUGGUACUUAACAACCUAGCUUCAUAGAAAGGUAUGAUAUAAAUAUUAUAAAUAUUAUUUACAAAAUGUUACUUUUAAUUAACACGUCUUCUGUAAGCUUACAUUAAAAAACUGAUGUAUUA